AUGUCGAAUGAAAUCAAAGAAUUCGUUAUUAAAAGACGAAAUAAAAUAAUAAAAAUUCAUCAUCUAAAAAUAUCUCAUCACAAAGGUGCACUCUCGACUGAUUUUUUUGAACAGCAGUCGAAUGAAAAGUCGUCUCGUCAUGCAUCAGAUAUAGCGAAAAUGAGAAAAUUAUUCUCAAUCUCCAAAUUAUAUAAUUUUCGAUUUUCAUCUCAGUUUCAUCGUUCUCAUGAGAGAUUUUUCACGGGAUUUAUUUGGCAGUGA